GCAGCAGCAGUAGUGGUACAGUUUAACAGCAGCAGAAGCAGCAGCAGGGAGGAUGGUCAGACAUAUGUUCUCUAAUCUCCUACUGCUCUGGUCAAUCAGCCAUGACCUCUAUAUAACUGGACUGACAUAUCACGAGCCAAAGGAGCGGUCCUGGAACAACCAGAAUCUACGUUCUGUCCCUCUGGAUUUGGAUGUGAGGCUCAGAAGACUAGACCUGUCCAAUAACUUCAUCAGACAGCUGCACACACUUGCUUUGCCAUACUUGGAACAGCUGGACCUGAGCUCCAACCAGCUGGAUCUCAUCUCCGAGGGGGCUUUUGAAAACCUGGCUCGACUCGAGGAGUUGAAUUUGUCCAGAAAUGCGCUGAACAACGACGUUGGCAGCAACGGCAAAGCACUCCGAUCCAUCAGAGGACUGAAGAGUUUGGACAUAUCAAUGAACGGCUUGAGCGAUGAUGCAGUGGAGCUGUAUCUUCGGAACAAAUCGUCCCUUGAUCAACUUAAGAUGACUGGUAAUGCUUUAACAAGACUUUCACACAACUUGUUCAAAGAGAGUAAAGGUUUGAGGGCCAUUACUAUCGACGACAACCAGAUUUCGGUGAUAGAACAGGGGACGUUUGAACCACUGAGCCAAUUAGAGAUGCUAAACUUGGCCAAAAAUAACCUCGCACAUAUCUGUGAUUUCAAAUUACAUCAAGUGAAAUAUCUGAAUCUCAGUCGAAAUUCAGUUGAGUUCUUUGUUACGCGUGAAGACGACCAGUUGUACAAACUUGAAACUCUUGACCUGAGCCACAAUAAACUCCUUUAUUUCCCAAUUGUUCCCAAAAUUAACAGUUUGCGGUAUCUUCAUUUACAGAAUAACAUGAUUGGUGCCUUAAAUUCAGAGGCUGCAAUGGUAUCAGAGGCCAAUGCUCUUUAUCGUGAUAUCACACGUGAGAAAACAGUUAGAAAGAAUAACCUACACUCAGUAUGGAGGCUGAUGCCACUGAUUUAUAUCGACCUGAGCUAUAACCACUUCAGAUCUUUCCCACUGGAGACUUUGAGUCGUCUCUUAUCUUUAGAAACUCUGAAUUUCAGUUUCAACUGUUUGCAAAACAUCACCUGGAAUAUAAGAAAUGACAGUGAGUCAGGACACCAUCGGCAGCUUUUCUUUCCCUCCUUAAAGUACCUCGACCUGCAGAGUAACGGCCUCGGAUACAUUUCUCCACUAUAUCUCAAAGCUCUCCCACAAAUACAAACAUUAAAUCUACAAGACAAUUCUGUACAACCUUGUGACUCUACGGACCAAUCGACACAACAGAUAGAUCUCAACACAUCCUGUGUGGUCUUCGGGCAGCUAAGGACUCUUAAGCACCUCAAUCUUAAAGAAAACAACAUCAAAAUGCUUCAUCCAAACACAUUUCUAAAUACCUCUUUGGUUUCUCUGAACCUUGCAAGAAAUCCACAUAUGGUGAUGCACGGGGAUGCAUUAGAGGGUGUGCAAAAGACUCUCGAGUCCUUGAUCGUCAGUGAAAACAGCAUGACCCGCUCUGAUCUGUCUUUACCCUGCAUGCCAGCGUUAACUCAGCUGAACAUAUCUAACAACAAUCUCGACGUGAUGCCCAGCAGUUUGAGCUGCUCUCCUCUGAGAGAAAUCGACAUAAGAAAUAAUCAUUUUGCGUCUUUAAACCAUUCUUUGAUUCCUGCUUUAUCCCUGCACCUCAAUCUAAUGUAUGUUAGUGGAAACUAUUUUAACUGUUGUGACAGUAAAUGGCUUAUAAUCCUACAUGAGUCGAUGAUAAAACUGCCUGACGUUAGUGACGCUGUUUGCUUUGCAAGUGAUGGAAACAUUACGAUGUCGGGGUAUCUGAAAAACCCUUCAGUGAAUUGUUUGUUUCAUACAAAAGCACAGGAAAUUCACUUUGGGACAAUGAUCAUAAUCGUUUUAUUUGUAGCUGUAAUAUUAACAGUGUUCGUCAUAAUCACCAGGAAGGUGUGUUGCACACAGAGAUCAUUCAUAGUGUGACAUGUAAAAUCUGUUAUCAUUGUUUUAUUGUUCUAUCUAUGCACAUGGGUUACAUAAAGUAAGCAAACCAAAUACAACCAUGAGAAACUGGAUAGCAAACUAAAGUAACUGAAGCAUAAUUCCUGUGAGUUUCAUUUUGCAUAGCCCAUUUUACCACAAACAGAAGUGGGACUACUGAGACUGUAAAAACUAGCAGACUUUAAGUUAACAAAGUGCAGUAAAAUCUUCAUCAUCUAACACGAUUUUAUUGUCAUCACCAUCCAAGGCUUUGUUUUAUGACUCACCUGCACACUAUUACUCAUGUAGAACAUGCAUCCCGCUGUGUGACCUGCACAGCCAAAAUGUUGUGAUUAAAGUGGACUCCCAAGCUGUUUGGUUACGGUGCAUGCCAAAUCGCUAAUCAGGCGGAGAAUUUUUGCCCAUCCUUCAUUGUGAAAUGUUUGCUUGCAACUGAAAGGUUAGUCUUGGCUCAAAUUUUUAUGACGUCUGUGGAGCCUUGCACAACAUUCCCAGAAUCAGAACUCCUGAACAAUUCAAUAAAACGCAAUAAACCUUUUUCAAAAUUAAAAACAUGAGCGUUCUAAAUGGGCCCCUUUGUAUCUUCUGUUGCUAUGUUUGUUAAUGCAGUAGCUGACAGGAAGUAAACUUGGACCAAAGAUGUUGCCCAGCAACAGAAUGGCAAUGAAAAGGUCUGCAAGAGAACUUGUACGAGAUUCUAUAUCACCAUAUUCUAUGUGUUUAUAUAAGAUCCAUUUUAAUAUUCAUCACUAUCUGCAUUGUGUUUUGUUAUGUAUAAUUCAGGUAGCCCUGGCUUUGAAAUAUUGUAAAUGUGGCAACAGUUAUGCUGUACAUAAUAAUAAAUAUGUUUUAAU